CAUUUGACAACGCUAGUUUGCGAUAUGAGAGAACUAUGGCUUCCUCCUUGAUUAAGUGGUUAAGAGGAUUAUAUGUUUUUUUCUUAACGUGUCUCUUGUCCGUCUUUGGUUUUUUGAAUUUAGAAGAAUUAAAUGAAAUGAAAUAUGGAAUACAGAUUCUGCCCGAUCCUGUUAUUAUGGGACAGAUGGAAGAUGUGAUGUUGGUCUCUAACAAAUACAAGCAGUUGUAUGAGUGUCGUUUGCCAGCUCAAGCGGUGCGUUUUCAUCAGGACCCAGUGUCAGAACCUGAUGUUCAAAGCUACAGUGGCCCCGGAGUCCCUGAUCUCCUCAAGCCCAUGCAGACUGCACCAUGCCUGGUUAAGACCAAAGACUGGUGGACUUAUGAGUUCUGCUAUGGCCAGCACAUCAGGCAGUACCACUUAGAAGAUUCUGAGAUAAAGGGAGAUGUGCUUUUCUUGGGAUAUUAUGAUUCAGAGUUUGACUGGACCAAUGAAACUGCCAAGGCAUCUAAGCAACAUAAGCUUAAGAGGUAUCAUAGUCAGUCAUAUGUCAAUGGCUCUAAAUGUGACUUAAAUGGGAAUCCCAGAGAGACAGAAGUCAGAUUUGUUUGUGAGGAGGGCUCUAGUGACUAUAUCGCAAGGGUAGAUGAACCUCAGUCCUGCCGCUACGUCUUAACAGUACACACCUCUCGUACAUGCCAGCAUCCCCUCCUGCGCCCACCUUCCACUGCCAAGCCACAAGGCAUUGUGUGCCAACCUGCUCUCAGCGCCCAGCAGUAUAUGGACUAUGUCAAGGCUCAAGUCUCUGACACUAAACGUAAAGUGGAGCAGAUCUCGGAGGAACUCAAGAACCUGGAUGAAAUUCUGUCCAAGGAUGACAAGAACAAAGGAUUGCAGAAAGACAAAACAGAAGAGAACCCUGUAGUCGAUUCAGAUGAUCCUCCACUUUCAGAGUCAGAAACAAAAGAAGGUGAAGUAGCUGAGGUGGGUUCAGUGAGUGAAGAACCUGAGGACAAGGACUUCUGGGACGGAGUUACCAAACCAGCAAGCACAGAGUCAAGCACACCUGAUUUAGAGAACCCUCAGGAGCCUCAGGACAACCAGUUACAUGAAAAUGACAUAUUCGGAGAGGAAAAAUUUAAUUUUAAAAUCAUCUCAGACCCUGCAGACCUCAUGAAAUUUGUACAACAUCUCAAAGAGAGCAACCAAAAAAACAGGAAAGCCGAACAGGAAAAAGAGAGCCAGCAGUCGUCUCAAAAGGGAGAGAAGCAGGAAGAGGAGGAGAAAAGAAAGGUGGAGGAAGAGGAAGGGGAUGAGGAUGAAAGAUUGCUGCAAGAGUUUGAGGAUGAGAUGGCAGAUCUGACCGUUCCCUCCUCCAAGAUAGAGGAGAUAAAAGAAGAGAUGCAGAAAGAGUUUGAUAACAUCAUAGAGGAAGCUCAGCAGGAGUUAGAGAAUGAAGGUCUUAAGGGCGAGUUUGAUCGCACUCAGGCUACACAAACUCUAGAGAACACACUGGGGAAACUUCUGGACCGUCUUGAAGACAAGACCGGACAUGAGAGUGAAACUGAAACAGAAAAAAAUACAGAGAUGCAUAAAAACACUCACUCACAGCAUAAGACAGAGGAAGGCUCUUCUUCUGCCAGCCCAAACCUGGUUCCCAAAACACCAGCCCAAGCGGGCAGCAGUGGUGAGCAGGUAAAGGUCAGGGUGACUAAGUAUAAGGUGGGCGGAGGUGUGGCUGCAGGAGCGGUUACCGGGGGCAACGAUGAUGAUGAGGGGGGUGUGAAGGUGAAGGAACUGGGCGAGGGCGACCCCCAGUGGCAGCAGAUUCAGGAAGUGGUCAAAGAGCAGCUAGAGAGAGCCGGCAUCAAGGCCGAAGGAAAGAUUGAGGUGAAGAUUUUAACCCGUAAAACAGCAGAGGAAGCAGGAGAUCAGUGGCUCACUGAAGAGGAUACAAAAUCAUUUAGAGAGCUUCUCAUCAACCUUCUGACGGGAGGUACGGAAGAAGUGUAUAAAGAGCAGAAAAGACAGCAAGAGUUGGAGAAUAACUACAAAUUUGUCUGGGGAGAAAAACAGGAAGACAGCCAGUCCACAGGAAACAGUGAUUCUGAUGAAGCAGACUUUUGAGCCUUUUCCUCUUUUCUCAAGCACUAUUAAACCUGAAGAAGGGCAGCCAGCGUUCUCUGAACUAGAAACUGUCAAUCAAACUGCUCUCUCAGACUGUUUAAGUCAUGUGAGCCCUGUGAGGGGGUCAGUCCACUGCCGUGAAUUCUGAUUAUCCUGUAUGAGCAUCUGUGAGUGGUUUAUAUCUUGCUUGAUUUCAAUAUUGGAUUUUUUAAAAACAAAUAUACAAAUACACACAUUUCAGUCGUGUUGCGCUUUAUGUCUAUGUGUGACAGGCUGUGACACAGAUCUCUAUUCUCUAAAGUUUGUUUUGCAAAGACAGUCUGAAUUAACAUUAUCUCAUCCUUUGACAAACAUUGAUUCUGUUUGUCUUGGCUGCUCUCCGAGUCAGAAAAUCUGGAUGUGACGACUGCCUUUGAUACCCACAGUAUGGCGGUAGAGCUUGGUGAUGAAAACUGAAUGAAAGAUUAGUCAGUGUAAUGCAAAUAGGACAAGUGUCCUGACACGAUUCGUAUUUUGUUUUGCAAAUAUGCUAAAGCUACUUUCUCCCAACAAGUUCUGAACUUCACCCCACACUACGCAAGUAAUUUAGUGCGCUGCUUCAGUUUUGUCUCAGUUCAUAUAAUUUGACAAGUUUGUUUGUGCAGACAGAGCAGUUAUAAGUUAGUUUCAAAUUUGGACAAACACUGUUGCCAAACAUUUCAGAAUUUAUUGGAAUCCAGUGCUUUUCAUGUCGCCAGCAGACAAGGGCUCUUUUUGUUGUAAAUGUUUUGAAUGAUCAUCAUACUUUAGUCGGUUGUAAAUAAUGUUGCUACAGCAUUCGGUUUGUUUGUUAAUAAUUUAAAGCAUACAUUCAGUUUCUAUUUAAAGCUGCUGUAAGCAGUUUAUUUAAAAAAAAACAACAGCUCAAAAAUCAAAAACUGGUACCACUGAAAUAUGUUUUGAGAUCAUUGCACUCUCUCUAUGAGAGCACCUGUAUUUAGAAAACAGUAAAGCAGAGAAAAAUAAUGACAGCCCAUGCGUGUUAGCCAAUCAGAACCUGGUGGCAUACCUUUGGUGCGGGACUACUUGUUUCCAAUUAUUGGACAAAUUUUCAGUGGUUUAGAAAAAUGGCUUACAGCAGCUUUAAGGUUUUCAAAGGUCACCACGAGAUGCACAACUGUACAUUUUGGUACUACUAAAUAAACAAUUCUCAGAAACCUG